UGGCGGCACGUACAAUUGCGUGGUGACGUCCUUCUUUCCUCCUUUCCUCUGCUACCGGCGAGAAUGAAGACCAUUCUCAGCAGCCAGACUGUCGACCUCCCCGACAAUGUCGAGGUGAGGCUAAAGGGCCGAACAGUGACCGUCAAAGGCCCCCGUGGCAGGCUCACCAGGGAGUUCAACCACAUCAACCUGGAGCUCAGCCUGCUGGGCAAGAAACAGAAGAAGCUUCGUGUGGAUAAAUGGUGGGGAAACAGGAAGGAGCUGGCCACAGUCCGCACCAUCUGCAGCCAUGUCCAGAACAUGAUCAAGGGAGUCACUUUGGGUUUCAGAUACAAAAUGCGUUCCGUGUACGCCCAUUUCCCCAUCAACGUGGUCAUCCAGGAGAGCGGCACCCUGGUGGAGAUCAGGAACUUCCUGGGAGAGAAGUACAUUCGCCGUGUCCGAAUGAGGCCUGGCGUGCUGUGUGCAGUCUCAGCCUCACAGAAGGACGAGCUGGUCCUGGAGGGUAACGACAUUGAGCUGGUGUCCAACUCUGCUGCUCUGAUCCAGCAGGCCACAACCGUCAAAAAUAAGGAUAUCAGAAAGUUCUUGGACGGCAUUUACGUGUCUGAGAAGGGAACAGUCUUGGAACCGGAACAGUGAAAGUUACACCUGCACUCAGAGGGGCUCUGAUUCUGCAGGCCACCACAGUCAGAAAGGAGGACAUCAGGAAGUCACUGGAUGUUUCCUCUACAUCAUCUGGAUCUGGUAUCUGAGCGAAUUCUCUGUUAAGGCCAAUAAAUCUCCAUUGUUUUCCACUUA